UGUGUGUGUGUGUGCGUGUGUGUGUGCAGAGAGAGAGAGUGAUAGAGUGAGAGUGGGCGAGAGAGAGUGUGUGUGAGUGUAUGUGUGUGUAGCAGCAACGCACACUCACAACAUGGCGAUGAAGCGCCGAGAGACACGACGGCUCUCCCCCGAAAUGCGACCCUGUUCUGAGUGAUAACAGGGGAGUAUGACGAAGGAAUAUACAUAAACUAAUAGCCAACUAAUAUUUCAAAGAAGAGAUUAUUGCGGAUCCCAUUGUAUGCAUGUAGCUAGUGGUGUAACUGGCUGUAGAGACCCACGCUGCUUUCCUCUGCUGGAAAUCAAAGGCUUUAGGCUACAUGGCGGUGGAGACUAUCUGUUUUUUCUGUCUACUUUCUUUGGGGUUCUGCGGUCCAUCUGUUCAAGAGAAGCCAGUGUCAGUGGAGCUCAGCUGUGGGGCGGGGCCCGUCCUCGUGGCUCUGGAGCCGGGACAGCCCCUGUUGCUUGACUGUCACCUGGGUGCCGCACCCCUGGACACGCCCCUCAACAUCACCUGGCUGCAGGAUGGACACUCUGUGCUGGAGGGGGAAGGGGACUUCCUCAGGACUCUGCUCAAUGGCUCUCUUCUGGUGCUGCCCACCUCCGUGGACGGCCGGACCCCUCACGGGGUGGAGGGGGGCUACAGCUGCGUGGGCUCUGGUCCCUUUGGGGCCCUGACCAGCCGCACCGUCUCCGUUCAACUGGCCACUCUGUCUCGUUUCCAUAAGGACCCAGAGGCCCAUGUGGUGCCCCUUGGGGGCGCUGCCCGGUUUGAGUGCCGGAUAGAAGGAGUGCCCACACCAAGGAUCACCUGGGAGAAGGACCAGGAACCCAUCCUCAGCCAGCCUAGGUUUAUCUCUCUCCCGAAUGGUGUGCUCCAGAUCUUGGGUGUGGUGAAAGAGGAUGGGGGAGCGUACCGCUGUGUCGCCACCAACUCCGCCCGGAAACGCUUCAGUCAGGACGCCGUCCUGACUGUCACUACAGGUCCUGGUCCUGCCCAGAGAGAGGUGGUGAUCGUUGCUCCUCCUCAGAAUGUCACAGUGGUUCAGGGGCAUCCAGCGGUGAUGGAGUGCCUGGCCAGAGGAGGGCAGCCCAAGCCCCUGGUGUCCUGGAGCAGGCAGGAUGGGAAGCCCAUAGCCACCGACGUGGUUGUCCUGGAAACAAACCUGGUGAUCCCCAACGCACAACGCUACCACGCCGGAGUGUAUGUUUGCCGCGCCAACAAACCCAAGACACGCGAGUUUGUCAUCGCCGCGGCCGAACUGCAUGUCCCAGCCCCUCCGGUGAUCCUGCAGCCCCCGCAGACGGUGUCCCUCUCCCGGGGAAACACGGCCAGGUUUGUGUGCAACAGCUCCGGGGAGCCUCCCCCAGUGCUGCACUGGCUGAAGAACGGCCAGCCGGUCAGAUCCAAUGGGCGGGUGAAGACCCAGAGCCCUGGGGUGCUGCUCAUCAACCAGCUGGGUCUGGACGACGCCGGCUACUACCAGUGCAUCGCUGGGAAUGCCCUGGGGAUGGCCUGCGCUACAGCCAAGCUGUCCGUUAUCGUGAGGGAGGGUCUACCCAGUCCCCCGCGACACCUGACGGCCAUGCCUCAGUCCAGCACCACCGCCCUUCUGACCUGGGAACGGCCCGAACACAACAGUGACCAGAUCAUAGGCUUCUCUGUGCACUACCAGCGCACUUCAGGGUCUGAUAACAUGGAGUACCAGCUUGCUGUGAACAAUGACACAACAGAGUACCAUGUGAAGGAGCUGCUGCCCCACACGACCUACACCUUCUACGUGGUGGCCUACUCCCCCAUGGGAGCCAGCCGCCCCUCACUCCCCAUCAGCGUGGAAAUGCUGGAGGACGUACCCAGUGCCCCUCCCCAGCUGUCCCUGCUCAGCACCUCCCCUACAGACAUCAGAGUGAUGUGGCUGCCCCUGUCCUCCCAGCACAGCAGAGGAGCUGUCACCCGCUACCGAGUUGACUACUGCACAUUAGAGCAAGUGGACCAGGUGUUCUCUGUGGAGGUGGGUGGAAAUGAGACUCAGCUGACCUUACGGGAGCUGCAGCCCAACCAGGCCUACCGUCUGCGGAUGGCGGCGGGGACGGGUGCUGGUUUUGGUGUGCCAUCAGAGUGGGCUCAGCACCACACGCCGGCGUCCUUCAACCACAGCAUGGUGAUUUUCGCACCCACAGAGCUGAAGGUUAGGGCCAAAAUGAACUCCCUCCAUGUCACUUGGCAGCCGCCGCCCAAUCACGCACAGAUCUCUGGCUACAAGCUUUUCUGCCGGGAGGUAGUCAGUGAGGACAUGAGCAACGAGAGGGCUUCUCCUGACAGAGAGAGGGUAAGAAGAAUGGAGGCCCACACAAUCAAGCUCCGGAAGAGGGUCAAACAUCAUGAAGUCACUAGUCUAGUCCCUGACAGACUCUAUGAGGUGAAGGUAUGGGCCUUCAAUAAGCAGACAGAUGGCUAUGCUGCUGGAUGGAAGGGCAGAACGGAGAAACCACAUGACAAAGUGUCCCCUAAGGGAAACCCACCUCCCCUGCCCCCCGGCAGUGUCAAGGCCACAGCCAACAGCUCCACAGCCAUCUGGCUCCGCUGGGAGAAACCUCGAUUCAGCAAUGUCCGUAUCAUCAACUACACCGUACGGUGCAGCCCGGCUGGCCUCCGAAACGCCUCCCUCGUCUCCUACUACAGCAGCUCUGCUCAGGAGAUCCUCUUGGGGUCACUAAAACCCUACACUCGCUAUGAGCUGGCUGUCCAGUCCAAUGGAGUAGAUGUGGUCGGACCCUACAGCAGCACUGUGGAAGAGUCCACUCUCACUGACAGGCCCUCCACCCCCCCAGCGGACCUGCAGCUCACGGCCUUGGACUCCUCCUCUGUGUUGGUGAGCUGGCACCCUCCCAGGCAGCCCAACGGCGUCAUCGUCAGCUACAAGAUCCUCUACGGCAGCAACCUCAGCCAGCCCGACCACCUGUGGAACAACCUCACCCGAGACGGUUCCGCCAUGAGUGCUGAGGUAUCGGGGCUUUCCAGCGGGUCGCGGUACUUCUUUAAGAUGAGGGCGUCGACGGAGGUGGGGGUGGGGCCUUAUUCCCCUGUGAAGGAUGUCUACACUCCUUCCAAGAACUACGAGCUGGACGUCCACGCUGUGACGGGCAUCAUCGUGGGCGUGAGCCUGGGUCUUCUCUGCAUCCUCCUCUGCCUGUGCGUCAGCCUCCACAAUGGAAAGGCCAGGGAGGUGUCUGGAGGGCUGGACUCUACACCUCUGCCCCUUCAGUACCUUCGAGGGGGACGGCCUGCACCCGCUACUCCUCCAGAUUGCAGUGACUGCCAUGAGCUGGAGACCCUGAUGCCCCUGGGCAGCAAGGAACAUGAAUCUACCCAGCCCCUCUCAGAGCCCACAGAGAAGCACAGCCUCAUGGGUCAUGUUGGAUUAGAGGACGAUGGCCUAGGAUCUGGGACAAAGGGUCCUUGGAAUGGGUCAGUAAGUCGUAACUGGGCCAACCGGAUCACCAGAUACAGGGACACCUUCCCAGAGGACACUCCAACUGUCCUCAAUGGAACUCUGGACAUGGUCAAUAUGGAAAAGGACAAGGGUGACCCUGAUGACCUGCUGAGCUCCUCUCUGUGCAGCAGUAAUCAGGUGGAGGCGGAGGUCAUAGUUCACUCAGAGCUGUAUGACUUGGAGAAGGAGCAGCAGGAGGUGCACACUGACCGGAAGGAGGCCUCUCAGAUCACAGGGUGUCCCUCACUGUCCGAGGAAUCUUGCUCGCCGGUCAGACAGUCUGUCCAUGCACCGCAACAUCCAUCACCAGAGGCGGAGUCUCUAGAGACCCAACCCCUGCUCAAAGUCCCAACUGGGCGUGACCUGGAGCCAGUGUCCAAUCACAAUGGGCAGCCAGAGGUCACGGCUGGGGCCGUUGUGGGCGUGGUGGCCCAGUUGACUGUGGACGGGUGUCAGCACCCGGGAACAGGGCUCACCAACGGCUUCCACUCCCCCAAGCUUCUGCGGCCGGUGCCAGAGGCCCUGGGGAAUGGGGAUUCUAGACAAUGCCCCACUCCCCCAGGGAAGGGAGUACACUCCGGGGCUCCUUUCGUCAGCUCCGGCCGUGUCCACUCUACCUCCACAGCGCAUGAGUACGUGUGCCCGUAGCCUCUGCUAGAAGAGGGACAGACUCCCAGACCGGCUGAACUCAUUUCUUUUUCUCAUCCAUGAUGAAUGAAAGGAUUCUUUUAAAGCACCUCAGUAUCUUGUAUUCCUCUUCCUGGCUCAGCUCACUUUUAUUGGGAUUUUGAAUCCAUUCUAAGUGUAUAUAUAAAGUCUAUAUUUUUUAGUGCUAGUAUGUAUGGGUAUGCAUUUUGUUGCGUAGCAGCAGGAUGUUGUUCGGGCCUUGCUCUGUUCUUCGCUACAGGCUCCUGUGUGUGACGAAUAAUGACAGGAGCAUGUUGACCGAAAAAGACUUUGGUAAGACACGUUGACCCACUGCACCUGUUGAAUGAGCAUGGGUGUGUUGGAAACUGGGCGUCUGCAUAACUGUGGUCAGCUGACAUUGGAGAGGCUCUUGGUUCGACACUGCGGAUGUCCGUCUUUCAAGGGGUGGACCUUGAUCACGUGGCCCCUGCCUAUCACUCUUCCUAUAGGCUUCACCACAUGGAUGCUGCCUGUCACUCUUCCUAUAGGCUUCACCACAUGGAUGCUGCCUGUCUAAGCACCUGGAACCAAGCCUUAUAUUUACACACUCUGAGAGUGCAGACCACCUGUCUCUCUCUCCAUCCUCCUUCUGUCUCAGGGUCCACACACGCACACGCACAUACACACUCACACACACACACAUACCCAAGACAUGCAAGACAUCCAUUAAUUCCCUGACUGGAGCUUGGGGGUCUCAGGUGCCUAAUAUUUUAGGCGCAUUUAUAACCUCUGUAUGUUUAUAUAGAUGAUUAUAUUCUAUACAAAUAGGACAAUAUGAUGAAAAUGAAGGAAAAUGGAAAAAAGAGAAAGCAUUUGAAGAGGAAAAGAUGAAGGAGCCAAAUACAGUAUGUGUUUUGGAUAUAGGUUGCAUUAUUCUGAGGGGAGGAUUUGAUGACACAUGUGGGCGUGUGACAGAAUAACACAUCUGACAGCAACCGUCUCCUGGUUUUCGCUCCUAGUCAACAGCACUACCUCAUUUCUUUGCAGGAUGGUUUGUCGGUGUGAUUUCAUUAGUGUUGUGCAGAUGGGCGCACCUUUAAGUAUCUGUUUUUUAACUGUCUGAUUCAAAGCCUUUAACACAUUCUGAAAUAACUGCCUGAUCCCUUCUCUUUGUGUGCAAAAAUAUGUAAGACCUACAGAAAAAGACUAGAUAACAAUCUGGCUCGGAUGGGUUUGUUUUUAAUUCCCUCUGAUCCGUUGUUCCAUUCGUGCUGGGUUUUCCUACUCUUCAUGGGAGCAGGCAUUCAUUGUUAAUUUAACGGUUACCUUAAAUCACGAACAGGCCUCCAUCAGAAGCCCUAACCCUUGGUGAUCAUCUCUCUCAUUGUCAGCUGGGUCAGACCUCAUCACUCUCAGAGGCAGGUUGAAAAAUAGGUUUCCACCACCCGUCUGUCUUUGUAUAUGCUUAGUGUCCCCAUCCUGAGGUCUUUCACAAUACCAUAUGUAAAUAUUCCAUCUUUUGUAUUGCUGCUGUGGAGAGCGGGAGUUUAGACCACCCUCUUGCCCCUCAUCUUUUAAUUUCUUCCUUGCCUUUAUAGCAUUUUUAAACAAGCAUUAUUUAUGUUUUGUAUUCUUUUGUCAAGCAUAAUGCAUUCUUAUACUUCGUAUACUGAUCUUUGUAUACCAUAGCAGAAGAUAUUUUAAUUUUUUUUUUUAAAGUCGAAAUGCAAGAAUGUCCAGUAAUAUCUUGUGUGGCAUUUCGGCUAAAUUAGUGUGUCUAUUUCAGAGGCUGUGAAGGUUCAAUGGGCCUGUUGUACACAUUGAGACCCAGACGUUGUUGAGUCUAGAAUAGUCCCAUAACUGAAGCAUUCCAGUUUAAUACUUUUAUUGUACCUUACUCAGGAUCAGGCAUGCUCAAACUUUAAGCAAAAUAAUAUCAUUUUAGUCUUGUCAUCUUACAGUAGAGCCUUUAAACGUGUUGAAGACACCUGUCAAUUAUCAGUGUUGUACACUACAAGCUCCUCUUGAGAAACGUAUCCUUCUGGUCUGUGUGGCACUUAAUUCCUCUGCAGCUCAGUCUUCCGCAAAACUUUGUCAAUCCAUGUAUAAUCUACGUAUACUACGUAUAAACUAAUUGAGACAUUGUGGAUGAAAAGCUCCUUUUAGAAAAGAUAGAUUGUGCUCUGAUUAACUCUUCCUGAAUGGUUAUGUCACCCAAUACGAUAUUUAGUAGGAAUGUACUGUAUAACUACCAAUAUAUAUAUACACUCACCUAAAGGAUUAUUAGGAACACCAUACUAAUACUGUGUUUGACUCCCUUUCGC